AUGCCCCAGUACAAACUGCACUAUUUCAACCUCUACGCUAGAGCCGAGCCCAUCCGGAUGCUCUUCUUUUUGGCAGACCAACCCUACGAGGAUCGCCGGUGGGAGAUCCCCGAAUGGCCGGAAGUCAAGAAAGGCUACGCAGCCAGCGACGAAUUUGACAACGCACGAAUGGACGCGAUUUGCGACUCGUACACGGAUUACGUCGACAAAAUCGUCCCCUGGUACCGGAUCCACCUCAAAUUUUUCCCGGGCGACGAGAAAAAAGAAUUUGAUGCCACGGUCGACCCAGCGCGCAAAUUAUGGCUGGGGCAGCUGGCCGAUUUAUUAGAAAAGGAAGGAACCGGAUAUAUGGUUGGCGAUAAAUUAUCCUGGGUGGAUUUGACGCUGGUGAAUCACAUGGACGUUUUUGAGCUGGCGAUUCCGGGAUCUCAAUUCAUCUGUCGACCCUCCAUUGCCUCAUCAUCAACGUCAUCCUUUUCAUUUCCACGUGUGGAAGCCGGCGUAUUCCCGAGAGCCGAGUUCGGCCUCAACGCCCACCCAUUGAACGCGAGCUUUGACGAUGGUUGCUCGGACAUCUCCGACUUUCUCAUCCUCUCCGAACUGUUGCCAAAGUACAAGAAGAAGCCGAAGAAGUUUGAUGGCCAUUCAACCACUACAUCGAGACGUUCCACGGCUUCUUCCGUGAUCCGGAAACGACUUUCCAUCGUCGAGCCCGACGCCUCGUCGGUGGUGUUCUUCGAUGCGAAUGACUAUUCAAGAGCCCCGCCACUACCGCCGGAGACAAUUUCGGGCAGAAGCUUACCAAGGUCAAUCCUGAAAAAGCACCCCUCUGCCAAUAUCUACGAAGAGAUUGGGGAUGAUGAGGGGGAUUUGGAGGAACAUGUCUCUGAUGUACGCCCGGAGCUGCCAGCUCGUCCGGUGGUGACCUCUCUGCGUCUCUUCCCGCCCUGCACCCUGUUCCAGCCGCGCUCAAUGCCGAAUACCGACUCGGAAAAGUACCCCGAGCCGCUGCGCCGCAAGAAGCUGCCCAGCCUCCACCGGAAGCGCUCGAAGCUCAUCGAUUUC